AGCGAAAGCCUCUUGCAAAAAUUGAAUUUCUACUAGUCUGAGGCUAGUUGGGUACCGUUAGGGUCGAGCGGCCCUGGAGUCUACUUCCUCUACGGCCGGAGCCCACGUUCAACAGAAUUCUGAUAUCCAAGAAUUAUGAGGUUGUUGUACAUAAUAGUCUCCUCAUAUUUUCUCUUCAAUGCUCAGCAACACUUUCUGGAAGUAGAGGCAACCAUCACAUGGAUUCUUCCCUCUCCACAACGUGGUCCACUUGCAAUUGGAGACACCUCAUUUCGAACAACAGUCAAAGAAUUGGAUGGUAGAUACCCUGAGUUACGUUUGGAAUGGGACUUCACCUUAUCUGGUGAAUCUCUUACUCUUGUGUCUUGGAGAAUAGAAAAUAUUAUUAUGGGGAGCAAAGCUUUGCCUGGAGCUGUUACCUUAUUUCCAGCCUUUAAAGGAGAUUUUAACAUUAGUCCUAGUGAUCCUGCCACCUUGAUAAUCUACAACAAAACAGCUGCUGAUGGAAAGAAAUUCACAUGCUCAGUGGCCACUGAUUUAAGGGUGUGGGAUGAUGUAAUACGUGUUGCCAUAUAUGAACAGACCAGGCUUAUAAGUUACAGUGGGAACAAAACUAUGAAUGAGAACUCCAAUCUUUCUUUGUUCUGUAACACAACUGGUAAACCAACUGCCACUAUUAUCUGGACAAGAGUCUUGGAUGAUGGGAGUAACGGCAAUGAAAUGUUUGUUGGAAACCCUUGGGUUAUAAGAAACAUCAGCAGAACUAGUGAUGGAACAUAUCGUUGUACAGCUUACAAUGGAUUUGGAAAUACAGUGACCCGUUUAAUGCAUGUCGAUAUAGUUUAUCCUGUAAGGAUUGUUCAUUUCCCUACUGAGCGUCUGGUAGCAUCACUACAAGCUGUCUCACUCCGUUGUCCAGCAGAGGGAAAUCCUCCCCCUAGAUAUAGCUGGGUUCCAUGCUGGAAAGGACGUAUUUGUAAUGAGAGUACACUGAGUAUUGCUGAAGUCCACAGUGAUGACGUGUAUACCUGCACAGUAACCAAUGGGCUUAACACAGAUACAAAAAACAUCAGCCUUUUCAUAGCGGGAAACAUAAUCAACGUAACCCUCAUCAUUGCAAGUGAAAAGUGCGAGGACGGAAAAUAUGAUGACUCCUCGUUGCCGAAAAGGGUUAUGGACACUAUAGGCACCAUAUUUGCCAGUGCAAACAUUUUUGUUACGGCAAACAUUGGGUAUACUGGCGUAGACACCGUGAGUGUAAGGUGUGGCAGUUUAAUUAUUGAUCUAGUACUGCGCUUCAACCACAUCACUAAAGAAAAAGAUGUUAUUGCAAUACUUCGCGGUGCGGCGUUGAAUGGAGCCUUUGGAGAAUUGAAUGUUAGUGCUGUGUUGGCAAGGCGUAUGACAUACACCAUCUCAUUACAGAGUAUGUUUGUGAAUUUUUUUAUCAUUGGAUUCUUUCACUAA